AUGGUGCGUCUAAGGCAGAUACCACGCACGGCGGCCUUCGCCUGGUCUCCCGGCCAGGCCUCGCCCUUCAUUGCGACUGGAACUCGGGCCGGAGCAGUCGACGCCGAUUUCUCCAAUGAAACUUUUUUAGAGCUGUGGGAUCUCAAGCUUGAUAGUGAACAUAUCGGAGCCGAGCUGCAGCCAGCAGCCAAGAUUAGCACAGACUCCAGAUUUCAUGACCUCGCGUGGGCGGAAACAGAAGAUAGUUCAAGGGGGUUGAUUGCUGGAGCGUUGGAGAAUGGGUCACUGGACCUAUGGGAUGCCGGAAAGCUGCUGGAUGGCUCCAGCACCGCUCCUACUACGAGAGUCUCUGCUCAUAGCGGGGCAGUCAAGGCUGUCCAAUUUCACCCGAAGCACUCCAAUCUUUUAGCAAGUAGUGGCAGCUUGGGGGAGUUAUUUAUCACGGACCUCAAUAACGUCGAAAACCCAACUCGGCUUGGAAAAGCAGCCGCCAGUCAGGUUGAAAUAGAUUGUCUUGACUGGAACAAGAAGGUCCCUCAUAUCUUAGCUACCGGAAGCAGUGAUGGAUUUGUGACGGUAUGGAAUGCUAAGUCUGGAAAGGAGAGCUUGACUCUCAAAAACCUUGGCCGUAAGCCUGUCAGUGCCAUUGCCUGGGACCCGGAAAAUUCUACCCGACUUGUCACUUCCAUACCCCUUGAGAGUGACCCGGUGAUUCUGGUAUGGGAUCUGCGUAACGCAAACGCACCAGAACGAACAUUGAAAGGCCAUGAAUCCGGUGUCCUAUCGCUGUCGUGGUGCGAACAGGACCCAAGACUACUACUAUCCAGUGGUGAGGAUAACCGCAAUAUCUGCUGGAACACCCAGACUGGCGAGGCCUAUGGAGAGUUCCCAAUCGUUACAAAUGCUACUUUUCAGACCCGAUGGAACCCCAGCAACCCUAAUAUCCUGGCUACGGCGUCGCUUGAUGGAAAGAUUUCUGUCCAAACACUCCAAAACACAAACCCCGAAGCCGCCCAAAAGGGCGAUGACUCGCAACCCCUCAACGACGAAGACUUCUUUGCAAAGGCUCAGACUCAACCUCAGGGCCCAACUUUCUCGUUACCCAGCGCCCCGAAAUGGCUUGAGCGGCCAACCACUGCUAACUUUGGCUUUGGAGGAAGGGUCAUCUCCGUGGUAACUGCGCCGGGUACGCGAACGUCGACCGUCCGUAUCAGCAAAUUCGAGGUAGAUGCUAGCAUCGGCGCUGCCACCGACUCCUUUGAGACUGCCAUAGACUCGGGAGACCUCCGUAGCAUCUGUGAAUCGCGAGCUGCCGAGGCCGAGACCGACGAAGAAAAGGCUGAUUGGAGGGUUAUGAGCACCUUGAUGUCUGAAACCCCUAGAAAGGAGCUCAUCACCUAUCUGGGAUUCUCUGGAGAUGUCGAUGAGGCCGCGGACAGCUUAUCGAAACUUGGACUCGGUAAAGAGGAAGCAACUGAAAGCGAAAAACCGACCCUCGCUCCUCCCAGCGCAGGAGCGAAGAGGCAUAAGAGGCUCACUUCUAUUUUCGACUCCAGUGCUGAUGGCGACAGCUUCUUGAGCGAUAUGUCUGCUUCCAAGGAGGCCAAGACCAACAGUCCAUUCCAGCUGUUUACAGGAGAAGAGACCGAUGCCGAUAAGACUAUAACGAAAGCUCUUAUACAAGGCCAUUUCGACAAGGCCCUUGAUAUUUGCUUACAGGAGGAUCGGAUGGCCGAUGCCCUGAUGAUUGCAUUCUCCGGUGGCCAGAAAUGCAUUGAAAAGGCCCAAGAGGCGUACUUCCUUAAGAAAUCUGAAGGACCGAGUUACAUCCGCCUCCUUGCAUCUAUCGCCGGAAAGGAUAUUUGGGAUGUUGUUCACAACGCAGAUCUUCAAAACUGGAAGGAAAUCGUUGCAGUAAUUUGCACUUUUGCAGAUGACAAAGAAUACCCCGAUCUCUGCGAAGCCCUCGGUGACAGAUUGGAAGAGUACUCUAGAUCUAAUGGCAGCAAGGAAACCCGCAAGGACGCUUCUUUCUGCUACUUGGCUAGCUCGAAGCUGGAGAAGGUUGUCUCUAUCUGGAUCCGGGAACUGCAAGAAAACGAGAACAAAAAGAUCGAGGAUGCCACCGAUGAGACUGGAUUCUCUAUCCACGUCCAAGUCCUCAGGGAUUUCAUUGAGAAGGUUACUAUCUUCCGCAACGUUACUAAGUUCGAGGAUUCUGAACGACAAAAGCCGACAGACUGGAAGCUCAGCUCGCUCUACGACAAGUAUAUCGAGUAUGCUGAAAUUGUCGCAACUCAUGGUAGAUUGAAUGUGGCAGAGAAAUACCUUAGUCUGUUACCGGAUAGCCACCCUGCAGGAGGAGUUGCAAAGAACCGCAUCCAAUUAGCCACCAAAAAGGUUACCACCAAGGCUGCUCCCAAAGCAGCAACAUCCCAUAUCCCAGCAGCAAGACAGGCUUCAUCAACUCUACCCCAGCCGCAAAUGGGCUAUAACCCUCCCCAGCCUCAAACCCAGCAGCAACCACCCAUGGUGAACCGUGGACCGGCACCUACUAACCCUUAUGCUCCAUCCGCGUUCAACCAACCCAGCAACCCGUAUGCCCCUGCCCAGAUGUCUGGCUAUUCGCCAGCUGGUUACCAACCGCAACAGCAACAAGCUGGCAUCCCUACUCCUCAGUACCCUGGGCAACCAGGUCAUGGCAUCCCCCCACCCCCGAGAGGCUUGACACAAUCUCCCUCGACAGUAAAAUCAUAUACCCAGCAAACCAAUAUCCCUGCAUGGAAUGAUCUACCCGACGGAUUUGCAAGGACCCCAACUCCUCGCCGUGGAACUCCUGGCCUCGGUGCCUCGGUCAUUAGCUCACCGUUCCCUAACCAGCCGCAAACACAGAGCCCUCCACCGCCCGGUCCUCCACAGCCAGGCCCUCCAGGUCCUCCAGGUCCAGGUCAGCGAAGCGCCAUGCCUGUUCCUCCACCCCCGAAGGGUCCAUUCUCACCCCCACAAGCAACCCCUCCAGGGUCUGCAGGUACAUCUAAAUUUGUGCCACCAGAACGACCAUCAUCGACCGCAAACCUGUAUGCUCCUCCCCCAGUUCAAUCCCCACCAACACAGAGCGGAGGCCCUCCACAAAUUGCUCGUUCGGCAUCCCCCUACAGCCCCCCGCCAGCUGGCCCACCACCCCAGAAUCGUUACGCUCCAGCUCAAUCAGCCCAGCCUGCUCAUCCAGCUGGACCUCCUGGACCUCCCGGACCACCCCAACAGGCACCAGGACCGGGUCCAUAUGGAGCCCAACGAUUCCAGCCGGGCCCGCCACCACCUCAGGGCCCUCCCCAGGGCCCAUACGGAUCUCAAGGUAGCCAGUUCGCUCAGCCUCCACCACCUCCCCAUACCGGUGCUCCCCCACGACAAGACUCGAGACCUAGCACCGGUCAAUCCCAAAAGAAGGCCCCUGCCCCUCCUAAACACCCUGCUGGUGAUCGUUCCCACAUCCCAGACCAUGCCAAGCCAAUCUUCGAUAUCCUUUCCGUUGACAUGCAACGUGUGAAAUCUCGUGCUCCAGCAACAUUCAAACCUCAAGUUAAUGAUACCGAACGAAGAUUGAAUAUCUUGUUCGAACAUUUGAAUAACGAGGACCUACUGAAGCCGGGAACGAUUGAUAGCAUGGUGGAGCUAGCGCGAGCAAUCCAAAGUAGAGAUUACGAAACCGCACAUGCUAUCCACCUGGACAUUCUGACGAACCGCACCGACGAAUGUGGAAACUGGAUGGUUGGUGUCAAACGAUUGAUUGGCAUGAGCAAAGCAACGCCAUAG